AUUGUUUUGUUUUUCCAAUGUUUGCAUUUAUUUCUCCUCAUCACAAACCACAUUUCCUAUUCUGAUUCUAUGGCAUUGUGACAUCACAGUCUUGAUGAUCAUGUUACUCUUAAACUGCAGUGUCACUAAUUCCUUCCCACUGCUGCAGAAGCCUACAUGUUAAAAACUGAUCAGCUGUCAGAGAAGGUUCAGGUUCCUCUGUCUUUCUGCUAUAAUGUUUGUUUACAUUAAACAUGGAGAUAAUGAGCAGUUCUUUGUCAACACCAACUGUUCAGUUGUUUACCUAUUGAAGUAUAUAAGAACCAGAUUGGGACUAGCUGAAUCAGAUCUUAUAGAUCUGUAUGAUGAACAAGGGGUCAUGAAAUUACUCUUCCAGCCCCAGCAUUCAUAUGAGUCUGCAAGAGCACUGUUAGUGUCAAGAGAGUCGUUCACUGUUUGCAAUAUCAACCGUUCUUCUGAUGGGGCUUAUACCUCUGUCACACCACUACUGUCCAGUGUUGACUCUGCUCUAUUAGAGACACUGCGUUCUCAAAUGGACACUCUUGAGAGAACUCGCCUCCAGCAGCUUUAUAUUGUGGAGGCUCGUAGGGCUGAUUCAGAUGAAAGAAUGUCACAAGCCCCACCAACUAAAACUCAGACUAAAAAGCAAAGGAAGGCUUCACAAUUAAAUGGCCCAGAUAAAGAAGUCCAGCGCCACACUAAGGACCGGAAAACCAGGAGCUGAGCAGACCGCCACACAUCUGAGCAUUUAGGACAUGUGCUCAUUUUAUAAUGUUGAAUCUCAGUUUAAUUGGUUCAAAUUACAAAUAGAAAACAUUCAUCAGUGUUACUGUAUUCUUUUUUUAUUUUUUUAAUCACAACAGACCUACGUAUAUGAAUUAUAUAUCUUUAGGAAAGCUACUAUAUUGAUUUUAUAAAACAAAAAGCUC